AUGAAACGCCCAAACGACGAGGUCGCCAACCCCUCAACAGUGAAACCAACGUUCCUAACGAAAGCCCAACGCGAGCAAUUGGCUCUUCAACGCCGCCAGGAAGAGGUGGCGGAGCAGAAGCGGCGCCAGGAGCAGCUCCUCUCACGCAACAACUCCUCCGAUCCCAAACCCUCCUCCGACCGCGACAGAGACAGAGACAGAGAAAGGGACAGAGACCGUGACAACAGGGAGCGCGACCGGGACCGCGAUAGAGACAGGGACAGAGACCGCGACCGCGAGAGGGCACGUGACCGGGACCGCGAAUCCGAACGCCGCAACAGAGAGAGGGAGCGCGAAGAGGAAACCCGGGCUCGCGAGCGAGCUCGCUCGGAGAAACUUGCGGAGCGCGAGAGGGCACGUGACCGGGACCGGGAAGCCGAACGCCGUAACAGAGAGAGGGAGCGUGAAGAGGAGACCCGGGCCCGCGAGCGAGCUCGCUUGGAGAAACUCGCGGAGCGCGAGCGCGAGAAGGAGCUUGAGUCCAUCAAGGAGCAGUACCUCGGCUCCAAAAAGCCCAAGAAGCGCGUAAUCAAGCCCAGCGAGAAGUUCCGGUUCUCCUUCGAUUGGGAGAACACGGAGGACACCUCGCGGGACAUGAACUCUCUCUACCAGAACCCACACGAGGCUCAGCUUCUCUUCGGCCGCGGCUUCCGCGCCGGCAUGGACCGCCGCGAGCAGAAGAAGCUCGCCGCCAAGAAUGAAAAGGAGAUGCGUGAGCAAAUCCGCAAGAAGGACGGUGUCGAGGAGAAGCCCGAGGAGGCCGACGCCCAGCGCCGCAAGGAGGCCGCCGCCGACCUCUACGACACCUUCGACAUGCGUGUCGACCGCCACUGGAGCGAGAAGAAGCUCGAAGAGAUGACUGAGAGGGAUUGGCGCAUCUUCAGAGAAGACUACAACAUCUCCUACAAGGGUUCCAAGAUUCCUCGCCCUAUGAGGAGCUGGAACGAGAGCAAGUUGAGCCUCGAGCUCUUGAAGGCUGUGGAGAAGGCUGGCUAUAAAACCCCUUCUCCUAUUCAAAUGGCAGCCAUUCCCCUUGGCUUGCAGCAGCGUGAUGUCAUUGGCAUUGCCGAGACCGGUUCCGGGAAAACCGCGGCGUUUGUGCUUCCCAUGUUGAGCUACAUCACCAGGCUUCCACCCAUGAGUGAGGACAACGAGGCUGAGGGUCCCUAUGCGGUUGUCAUGGCCCCCACUCGCGAGCUCGCGCAGCAGAUUGAGGAUGAGACUGUUAAGUUUGCGCAGUAUUUGGGCAUCAAGGUGGUGUCCAUUGUUGGUGGACAGUCCAUUGAGGAGCAAGGAUUUAAGAUCAGGCAGGGCUGUGAGAUUGUCAUUGCCACUCCUGGACGUUUGAUUGAUUGCUUGGAGCGGCGCUAUGCUGUUCUCAACCAGUGCAAUUAUGUUGUUCUUGAUGAGGCGGAUCGCAUGAUUGACAUGGGGUUUGAGCCCCAGGUGAUGGGUGUCCUUGAUGCCAUGCCUUCUAGCAAUCUCAAACCGGAGAAUGAGGAUGAGGAGCUUGAUGAAAAGAAGAUUUAUCGGACCACUUAUAUGUUCAGUGCCACCAUGCCCCCUGCUGUGGAGAGGCUUGCCAGGAAAUAUUUGAGGAACCCUGUUGUGGUUACCAUUGGCACUGCUGGAAAGGCAACUGAUUUGAUCAGCCAGCAUGUGAUCAUGAUGAAGGAGUCUGAGAAAUUUUACAAGCUUCAGAGAUUGCUUGAUGAGCUUAAUGACAAGACUGCAAUUGUGUUUGUCAACACCAAGAAGAAUGCGGAUAUGGUUGCUAAGAAUUUGGAUAAGGAAGGGUAUCGUGUAACCACUUUGCAUGGAGGGAAGUCACAGGAGCAGAGAGAGAUUAGUCUUGAAGGGUUUAGGACCAAGAGAUAUAAUGUUCUUGUUGCAACUGAUGUUGCCGGACGUGGGAUUGACAUACCUGAUGUGGCUCAUGUUAUCAACUAUGAUAUGCCUGGGAAUAUUGAAAUGUACACUCACCGUAUUGGGCGUACUGGUCGUGCAGGAAAGACCGGUGUAGCUACAACAUUCUUGACUCUUCAGGACAGUGAUGUCUUUUAUGACCUCAAGCAGAUGCUCAUUCAAAGUAAUAGUCCUGUUCCACCUGAACUCGCAAGGCAUGAAGCUUCAAAAUUCAAGCCAGGAUCGAUUCCUGACAGACCACCUAGACGAAAUGACACUGUUUUUGCGCAUUAG